AUGUCAUAUUUAUUUCGGCCCGAUGUCAACAACACGGUUGAUAAAAGCGAGAUUGUCUUCGACAUACCAAAAGAGUGUAAGGCGGGAGUGGUGGUCAAUGAAGGCCCCGAUUUCCAUAUUGAGGUUCAGAUGGUCCCGGUCCCAGAGCCUGGUAAGGGAGCACCUGACGAUCUUCUCAAUAUGAGACACAGUUCUGUUCCCUCCAUCAACCUUGGCCCUAACCAGAAUCGUCAUUCUUUAGGCCCAGACGAAGUAUUGAUCAAGCUCAACGUAACCGGCAUCUGCUUUUCAGAUCUGCAUUUCGCAAUGGGUGACCUGGGUACUCCGCCUAUGUCGACGUUCGGUGUGCGAUCUCCCGGCCACGAGGGCGCCGGCGUUGUCGUCAAGGUAGGCUCCAAUGUGAAGAACUGGAAGACAGGCGAUCGGGCGGGGAUGAAGCCGAGAUGGUCAGUUUGCGGUGACUGUGACCUAUGCCUGGAUGACAAGGAAACAUAUCAACAAUAUGUCACUUCUCCGGCGAAUUAUACGCAAAGGAUUCCUGACGGUGUGGACGAUUACGCAGCCGCACCAAUCAUGUGCUCAGCGGGAACGAUGUAUCGCUCCUUACGUCUGGCGGGACUCAAGGUGAACAAUUGGGCUGUUUUCCUAGGAGGGGGUGGAGGAGUGGGCAUUCAAGGCGUGCAACUGGCAGUCGCAAUGGGACUUAAACCUAUUGUCGUGGACACGGGAGACGAGAAGGAGAAGCUGGCCAUGUCCCGGGGGGCGAAAGCCUUCGUCGAUUUCAAACGUGUUGAUGACCCGGUUGCGGAGACGAUCAAGAUCGCGGAUGGGAUCGGAGCACAUGGAGUCUUCGUCACAGCAGGCAACUCAUAUCCAUCCGCAAUACCGUACAUUGGUACACGCGUCGGUGGUGUUGUAUCGUGUAUAGGGCUCCCGCACAACAAAGAACUCAGUAUCGGGGCUUCCCCGGUCAAAUUCAUCACUCAAGGACUGACCGUGCGCGGCUCAAUGGUGGGCAGUAGAGCUGACAUUGCCACCGCCCUUCAAUACGCCGCGGCCGGUAAACUCUCUGGUGAUCACACAGUAUAUUCAAUUGACCGACUCCCAGAGGCCGUGGAAAGGAUCAGAAAAGGUGAAGCGGCCGGAAGAGGCGUGGUUGACUUCAACCUUUAG